GAACGAAUUUAUGAAGCUUCGAUCUCUCACGAUAAAGAUAGCCUAUACAAGGCUUGGAACGCAGAAAUCUUUUUGGUCCGAGUCCUGGAACGCAGAGCUGGACUCUCAGACGCAUAAUCCGAAACUCAUAGUCAAUUCAACUUUCAACACCUUCUGUGGCAGCCAUGGCGGAGAGGGGGAACACGGGUAAAGCACGAAAGUCUCCCAGAAAGAGCCCAGGCAAUGUGCCGGCCAGCGAAUUGAGCAGCGAAGAUAUAGCAAAGAGGAGAGCUGCCUUGGAAAGGGCUAUACGGAGGAAGGUUGAUACAGAGAAACGGGCUCACCUAAUUGUUGAACGUCUCCUUGAAAACAAUAUCACAGAGGAUUUCCUUGUGGACUGCGCUAAGUUCAUUUCUCCAUCUCACUAUAAAGAUACAGUAGAGGAAAGAUCUAUAACCUGGCUGUGUGGCUAUCCCAUAUGUAACAACAGGCUUGAAAAGGUCUCAAAGCAAAAGUAUAAAAUUUCUACCACAUCAAAUAAGGUGUAUGACAUCACAGAGAGAAAGUGUUUCUGUAGCAAUUUUUGUUAUCGAGCAUCAAAGUAUUAUGAAGCGCAGAUUCCGGCAACCCCAGUGUGGACACGAGAGGGAGAAAGUCCUCCGGUCAUUACGCUGUUAAAGGAGGGGAAACGUGGUCACUCUGGAGAGGAAGUCAAAUUAAUUGAAAGUGGGAUCAAAACUGCAGAAAUUGAGAAACCUAAAAGCCGGACAGAAGAGGGUAAUUCCAGUUCUGCUGAAAGCGAUGCUGACCAGGAACCUGAGCAAACGUUUGUGUCCUCCCUCAUCCCAGAAACUCAGCCAAGCCCUGAGGAUACAGAACCACUGCAAGGAAAUGGUCAUGUUACACAGACAAGGAAGACUCCAGAUUUAGUGGACAUAAACCAAAAUUUGCCAGAAACCACAGAAAGAUUAGAACAUUGCAAAUUAAAUGAACAUGAAAGCACCUUUGACUUACUAAGUGGUUCAGCUGAACAGUCUUCCAUAGAUGUCACAAAAGACAGAAUUGAGACAGCUGAAUCUUCAGAAGCCACUUAUGUGGACGUCAUGGAAGUGACACAGAGAUCCGUAAGUAAAAGUGGUGCGGAACGUCUUCGAGAAUUACUCUGCAAAUCCAGGAACUCGCAGACCACCCAAAAAGAUAGUGCUCAACCUGUAACUGUAAAAAAUAGUAUGCUAGAAGUUGUCACGCAGACCUUAAAUGAGUGGAAAUCAGAGUACACAUUGCAGUAUCUCUUUGGGACAAAUUACAUGGCAGAAGCCACAAUUCCUAAACAAGUCGUUUCGCUUGCCAGUAACCAAAUAGAGGACCUAGAUGAAGAUGACUUGCGUUUAGACGCUAAUGACAUAAAUGCUUUGGGAGCCUCUGAUAAUGCUGCACGUUUGAAUGAGUGUUUACCUUACCAAAAUGUGAACGAUGUAUCAAAGCCGAUUCCUGAUUAUUCAAAGAUUAGAGAAGAAAGUAAAGCUUUAGAAUGUCGAGUCACAGAAUUUUUCAGAGGACAUUACAUAUUACCAGAAGAGGUGCAAAAUCAACAGACUGAAGAAACGAAGAUUGGUUUAAAAAAGGGUGAAGCAUCUUGGGUUCCAGCUCUUCCUCUUGUUGAUUCUUGUUCCCAGCAACAAAUCCGGAAAAAAAUUAUACUAGAGAAAUUGAAAAGAGUCCUUCCAGCUAUAUUGGCACAACUUCAAAUACCCUAUAGUGAUGUAUCCAAAGAGUUACACAAUCUGGUUAAGACAUUUAGAUUUACGAGUAAGAAUAUUACUCAUACAACUCCUGAAUGGUCAAUAAUUGCGAUUGUUCUUUUAUCUGUCAUGAAUUUUCUAAACAGACCAAAACUGCAAGGGACCGGUGAAAUUACCUGCAAUGAAAGGAGAGAGAAGAGCAAAUUGUCACAUCCCAGCACAACACAGUCCUUCAAUGUCUGGCACAGAUACAGCCACUAUGAUUCUACCCACAAUGCCUCUGCACAAGGACUCCCAGCAGAGCCCACUCUACACCCAGUUCAUUGCCAAGCUCUUACAGGAAUUACACCUUCAGGGUGAGGACCUCGAAUGCCUGAAAAGCAGUUUUGCCAGCAAUAUGUUGCCAUUAUCUACAAUGUGACGUUGCAUAAACCAGUAAUAAUGUUUCUAC